GUGGGGGGGAAGGCGAAUCACAGUCGCAAGAACUUCUACUCUCCCUCGGAGACAAUGGUGGGGCGUGAAUCAUGAAGACAAGAAAACCCGUGUUAUGCAACUGCCAUGGCCUCCCAUUUGGCUCCCCCUGCCUUCUCGCCGACGACGAACGCCGCCGCUUGCCAGCUCCGGUCGCCGAGGAGGCUGCCGCUGCCCGCUGUGCUCUCCGUCCAGUGCUGCUACCGCGGUCCUCCGUACAACACGCUCGUCUCUGAGGCUGUUAGGCUUUUGGUCCCUCCAGCGAGAUUUGAAGCUUCAAAGUUAAAAGUCGAUAUUACGGGAGGAGAGUCUUAUAAUAAUACUGGAAUUAUCCCAAGAACUUACAUCUUAUCCCACUGUGACUUCACUGCCAAUCUGACUUUAACCAUCUCCAAUGUCAUCAGUCUUGAUCAGUUAAGAGGAUGGUACAAAAAGGAUGAUGUGGUGGCUGAGUGGAAGUUAGUCAACAAGGAGAUGUGUCUGCACAUUCAUUGCUUUGUUAGCGGUCCAAAUCCCUUGCUAUACCUUGCUGCUGAGUUUAGAUACCACAUUUUCUCCAAGGAGAUGCCUCUGGUACUCAAAGCAGUGUCGCAUGGGGAUGCAUUACUUUUCAGAGAUCAUCCAGGAUUAAUGGAUGCUCCAGUAUGGGUUUACUUCCAUUCGAGUUCUCGAAAGUACAACCGCAUAGAAUGCUGGGGGCCUCUCAAGGAUGCUGCAAAGGAUCAAACUAAACGUUGUAUACUUUUGGCCAUCUAUUGUGUAAAACAGAGAGAACAAAUUCAAGGAUUUUUGACGGGAAGCAAUGACGAUUCCCCUGUGCCUGGAAAGUGGAGAGGCCCUAAAUCAAUCUUCCAAGCUCUCUUUGCCUUCCUCCUGUAAAUGUGCAAGGCAACACAGUGCCAAUGGCCUCUACUAAGAGCCCCACUCAAUUUUCACACACAGAGGAGAGGAUGACAGAGCUGAUUGGUAACAUUGCGGAGGAACUUCACUGGAGAUGAAAAGGUCAGAUGGCUUAUAACUACGAUUAUUUGAUCCUGAUUCAUUCGCAGCUAACUUAAUUCAUUUAGCUGGAAAUGUUGAAAAAACUGGUGCAAUUGUCACCCACCCAUUCCUUUACUUUCCUUAGGCCAGCAGCUGAAUGUAUUUCUUGCUCAAAAAAUGGACAAAAUGCUUUAAUGAACAACUAGAUUCCCAA